AUGUUGUCUAAACUUUGCGAGUUGGACUUCGAUGAGUUCCUGGAGCGAUUUAUGCCGGGUCCAGAUAUGCCACCCGAGUUGGUGGUCGAGGUGCCUGUUGUGAACAGUGUGGUACUCUUGGGGACGAACGAAUCCGACAUCUGUGACGAACUGUGCAAGGUUGCCCAACCCGUUUUUGAUCGUUUCCCUCAUGGAGACAAACUGGUGGCAAAGAACAUGAACCACAAUCCUGAUGACAGCGAUUGCGAUGACUAUGGCGAGCAGUUGAAGGUCGACGUUUCAUUCUACCCAGUUGACGACGAUGCGAAGUGUGACUACACAUGCCCUGGGUUGAAACGCUCGCGUGCGGCCACGCGCUGGGCCUGGAUAUCAUUGCUCGUGGAGAUCAAGACGACUCACAAGUACUGUGCAUUCGAGUUCGAGGAAAAGAAACUCGAGAAGAAGGACAACGGACGCAAUGCCGAACAUCGUGAUGGCCUUCAGGAAUCUGCUGCGGUAGACAAGGACCAGGGGCGCGCUGCCGACGACGGUGGCCCGCCGACGCCGAAGCCUUUUGUUCGUACUGGCGAAGCGGCAGAAAGAGCGCUCGGGCGGAUGGGCAAGUACAUCGCGAAGCUGUUCAGGCGGCAGCACCGGCUGCACAUCUCCACCCUAUAUGUCUUCAAGGGACAGGUUCGUGUUCUUCGCUCGGACCGAGCCGGUACUAUCGUCUCGACGCCAGUCAACUUCCAGGCGGAUCCAUCGUUGCUGCACAAGGUCCUGUGGCGAUAUGCUUGCAUGAAUCAAGUAGAGCGUGGCUUCGAUCCGACAGUGACCAGGGCGACGGUCGACGAGAUAGAAGCCAUGAGAUCCUGUCCAGCGAUGAACAAUGCGGCCGGGGCCUACCGCGACGCCGCUCUGGAUCAGCCCGGAUGGCCAGUCUACAAGAUAACGAUGCGACACGGAGACUUGAUCGACCAGCAGAGCAUGCAACCGAUCGCUGAUGAAUUCUACGAACCCGAAAAACUGAGCAUACCGGAGGAUCGUGUGGGGACUUCGGACGAGGUGUGCUUCAUCGUCGGUAAGCGUCGUUCUGCCACGAAUUCCCCGGCCGGGCGAGGUAUGAGAGGCUACAUCGCCUACGACGUGUCGCGUCGACGGCUGGUCUUUUUGAAAGACCACUGGCGACCGUGUAUCAAGAGCUCGCUGUUCGAGGGAGAGGUGUUGCAGUCGAUGAGAAGCACCGGUGUGCAAUACGUUCCAACGCCUCUGGCUGCCGGGAUCGUGCAGGAUGAGAUGGGCGUCCAGGAGACGUGUACACAGGAUUUCUUGCCGGUGGAUGAGAGGACGGGGUGUUAUGCGCCGAGGCAAGAGCACUAUCGUCUCGUCGUGAAGGAGAUUGGUGAACCACUUGAAGAACACAAAAGUCCAUACGAACUCGUCAAGACGAUCUGGCAUGCACUCUACGGGCACAGACAGGCAUGGGAGCUGAAUGAACUUCUUCAUAGAGACAUCAGUGCCGGCAACAUUCUCAUCUUCCGAUACAUCGACAAGAACGGUGGAAAGCAGUCUAUAGGCAUCCUCAUUGACUGGGACCUAUGCAAGGAUAAGAAGUAUCUUGAGUCGGUGUUACGUCCAUCUCGCGCGGGUACAUGGCAGUUCAUGUCUGCCCGGCUACUCCGCAACCCGGGGGAGAAACACGAGAUCGCCGAUGAUCUAGAAUCAUCCAUUCAUGUUCUCCAUUGGAUGCUAUUCCGCUUCGUCGAGCACAGCUUGACGGACUCACCGGAUCUUCUCUUGUCGCGUAUACUGAGCGUAUACGAGGAGAAGGGUGUUGCAAAGGGUGACGAGAGAAAAAGUGACCUCGGUGGAGCGACCAAGCGAACUGUAUUGCGCAGCGGGAAUCCGAUCAUCGAAUUGAAGAAUCCAAACACUUCACUGGGCAGACUUCUCCAACGCCUCGCUACACUUUGCCAACAACACUACUACGCGGUUGAGCCUGUCAUCAGCUCCAAGUCCAAGUCGAGCAGUGCCCUGGCAGGAGCCCGACCGGUUUCCCAUGAAGCACUGCCCAACUUGAGGAACCGUUUCAACAACGACAUUGUGCGAAAUAGGACGCUGGCGAAACCUGAAGUCGAUGCAUACGAAGCGCUUUCGAAUCACGUGGAGGUGUUCGGAGCUUUGUGGGAUGCUCUCUGCGAGCCAUCGGAGGAGUGGGCGAAAGUCACUCGAACCGACGAUCAAUUCAAGGAGCCUGAGUUCGAGUGUUCCGCCGUUACUCAGCGCAGCGCAGCGCAGUCCAGCCAGCGGUCGUCGGCUUCGAAGCGGUCUCUCGAGGGAAAAUCGGUCGACUCGGAACGACCUGGGCCCGCCAAACGAGCGAGGAGUACGACGACGGACCUUCAGUCGUUGCAGGAAAUACGGGAGGAGUAAUGAUGUCUUGCUGUGUUUGUUGCGUUUCGCACUUUCCCUGUAUUUCACUGAGGACUGCAUCGUGUGCAGACACUCCGGACGAGUGUGUCUGCGUAGAUUUCCUUAUCGUUCUUGUUUGUAAUAUGCUCAUACG